UAGGAUUCGAAUUGUUAACCAUUGCUUUUUGAAAUGAAAAACUCAUCUUCCAGCGUCGACCCUACAGCGUCUGCAGACAAUGGCGUCGGGCUCUCCGACUCCACUUUAUCACAGCACCGCCGGAGGAUGCUCGACCUCAUCAAUCGCCUACAUACGACAGGUGUACAGACGGACAUGGACCUGCCUAUGAUUGCAGUCAUUGGCUCGCAGAGUGCGGGCAAAUCGUCUCUUAUAGAAUCUAUAUCGGGGAUUACACUCCCUCGCUCAGCUGGAACCUGCACGAGGUGUCCAACGGAAUGUAAACUUUCACACUCGGAAGAUGCCUGGAAGUGUGUUGUCAAACUCCAUAUCACCACCGACGCAUCGGGCCAACCCUGUGAUGUGGCCACGAUUCCAUUUGGAUCGCCUAUCACCGAUAAGGCGGACGUGGAAGAUCGAAUUAGGCGUGCUCAAAGGGCAAUCCUCAAUCCCAGCACCAACGCCCAGAAGUUUUUGCACGAGCUAGAAGAUCAGACUGCUGAGCAAGCUGAGUUAUCUUUCUCGAAGAAUUGCGUCUCUUUGGAGAUAAGUGGCAAGGAUGUGGCGGAUCUUUCAUUCGUGGACCUUCCUGGACUCAUCGCGAGCGUCGGGAGUGCAGGAAAGACCGGGGAUAUUGAUCUCGUCAAGGGUUUGGUUACGUCUUACAUUAAGAAACCCAGUUGUGUGAUCCUCCUGACGGUUACUUGUGAAACCGACUUCGAGAAUCAAGGAGCGCAUCACUUGACGAAGCAAUAUGACCCCGAGGGCAAGCGCACUGUCGGCGUGCUCACAAAGCCGGACCGCAUUCCUGCUGGUGAGGAGAGCACUUGGCUAAGGUUCAUCCGAAACGAGCAGGAGCCGCUCGUGAACAAUUGGUACUGCGUCAAGCAGCCUGGGUCUCAGACGCUCAAAAACGGGAUCUCCUGGGCCGAAGCAAGGAAGCAGGAAAAUGACUUCUUUGCUUUGACACAGCCCUGGUCGACCGUAGAGCCGCAGUACCAGAAGUUCAUGCGAACGAGCAACCUGACGGAGCGGCUGAGCACGAUUCUGUCCGAGCUUAUCACGAAAAGGCUUCCGGAGAUCCAUAAGGAAUUAUACAAUAUUUUGCACAAGACUCGAGACGAAAUGAUAAAACUUCCCAAGGCGCCGUCUAACGACCCUGUGGGUGAGGUUUGGAGUGUAGUCGGUCAAUUUUCGAGCCAGUUAUCUCGACGACUCGAGGGGACGCCUGAUCAAGACGGUAUAUUGCAGACCAUUCGACCACACCAGCAGGCAUUCAAACGUGCUGUAAGAGCAACAGCCCCAAAUUUUAUUCCAUGGGGAAAGGGCGACACUCGUGAACUGCCGGUGAUUGAUUUCCUGGCGAACGAGGAGGACGAACCACGGGAGCCUCAAGUGGGCCCGGGAGGGCCCGUGCUUACUCCGAGGUCGCCCACGCCACAAUUGGAGGAAAUUUACAUUGAAGAUGUUCUCAAUCACGCCCAGAGGGCUCGUACUCGCGAACUUCCCGACAACUACCCUUUCAUUGUGCAACAGACAUAUAUAAGGGAGUUUACCGAGAAAUGGGAGACGCCCUCGCUCAUACUUUUCGACAAAUCAUACGACAUUCUGAAGAAAGAACUGAGCGAUCUAGUCCACGAGCAUUUUGGGAAAAUGGGAAGGGGCGGCGCACUUCACAGCGUACUGAUGAUAGUGAAUGAGCACCUCGACAGCGCCGCAAAGCAAGCAAAGGAAAAAAUCACUUGGCUCUUGGAACUCGAGAAGGCACCAACGACUUUGAACGUGCACUAUUACUCUGACUACAAGACCAAAUUCCUAGGAUAUUACAAAGGUUGCAGAGAUCACGGAGAGCUAACCACAAAACUGCAGAAUUAUCGGGCGCCCGCCACCAUUCACCCAAACCCAAUCCACGGGCAAGCGUUCCAGCAAGCCGUCCACAAGGCUCUCGCUGGGCUGACCGAGGCCGGUCUUUCCGUGCAGGCCGGUGAUCUUCCAAAACUUCUGCCCGUGGAUCCCAUGGAGCCUGCCCUUCUGAUCAUGGCGGGAGUAAGGGCGUACUUCCAGGUUGCCUACAAGCGCUUCGCUGACAUGAUUCCAUUGGCCAUUGACUAUGAAGUAGUCCUCGGUUUGCAUAAGGGCAUGCAACAGGCGCUUGUUGAUGGGUUGAGCUUGACAGGGCCUGAUGCAUACGCGCGGUGUCAACUGAUGGUGCAGGAGCAUAGUACUGUGGCCUCGAAGCGCACAGAGUUGCAGAAGAAAUUGGACAGACUUCAUGCCGCCAGUUUAGAAUUACGCAAGCUCUUUGUAUAGAAUUUCGCAUGUCGAUAGUGUAUCUAGAUCGUAUCUAGAUAAUUAUGAAUGUUUGAAUGCUUCUCAUGUAACAAGUGUGCGCUUACACAACGC